ACUGCUUGGUAUCCGUGUUCGUGCUGCCUUUCUUUCACACUCCCCUGCCUGUUUCCCCCCUCCCCCUUUUUCCUUUUCCCUUUCCUUUUCCUUGUCCACCCCCCCCUUCCCCCAUUCGUGUCUUUGAAUUCGGGACGACAGCUAGAAACAGGACGUUUAGGUCGCCCGGUCCUGAAACCGCCGACUUGGCUCGGGAUCGGGGCAACUUGAACGCCGCCCUACCAUGCCGAAUCUUCUGCGCUGACAAAGUGGUGUGUCAUGGGCAUCCUUAAUUCCUAGCUUCCGCAACACAUAUGCCGUUGUGGGGAAUAAUAUGCGACGCCUUCCCCGGAAGGAACCGAACCGUACAAGCCGGGGUUGUGGUUGAAAGUGGAGGACGUAAGCGCAGGGGCGUAGUGCAUCGUGAUGUAAGUUUAUUCAAAGCUUUGUCAUAUCACGAGAGGCCUCUUCGUUUCGAGGGGAACGGCAGGAAAGAAGAGAGAAAGGCAAAGAAUAAAAACAAGGGGAAGAAAAAUAGAAGGUUAAUGCUGAUGAUGAUGGCGUUGUGUCUGCGUGUGGCACCGUCUUCCGGCCCAGGGGACUCGCUUCCGGGAGCGAAGAAUCGUAUUUUUAACCGGGAGAAAUAUCGUGCCUUCGCAACAUGUUCGCAUCACACUUCCCACAGUACGUCGUAUUUCGUACGAAAUACAUCACAAUCAGCAUCUGCAUCGUCGAUCUCACCUUGCCUCACCUCAGCUCAAGUCCUGGACCAGCCCAGCUAUGUCCCAGCAUAUUUUACCUGCCAUACCUGAACCGUCAUCAGCCCCUUCUCUUCCACCCGUAUUUUGGAUCACACCUCCCUAAACCGGCAAAUGCGCUGACGUCUAAACAUCCCGGAACCAAAAGCUCCAAGUAACCAAGGAGCCCGUUGAGCUUGUCGUCCCUAACUGGUUUGUUCGCUGUUUGUCCUCGUGUUGUACUUC